AUGUCUCAGGAUCGCCCUUGUCAGCGCUGCAUCAAGAGAAACAUCGGACACCUGUGUCAUGACGAACCCAAAGAAGGGCACGGAUAUCACAAGAAGGGAAAAGCCGACUCGGACGCCACGGCAGGAGAGGAACAAUCUCCGCCCAAAGAUGAAUAUUCCUCGGCACCGGAUGUGCAAGGAGCUGCGACUGCGAUGGUGAACAACUCUAGCCACGCUCUCCUGCAAGAGGACAAUAUGGGACUAAGACCGCCCGCGAAUGACACCAUGUCUGUCUCUAACCAAGGCACCGCGCCUCAAACCGCAGGGAUUAAUGGCAACAGUCAGAGCCAAUUUGGAUAUAAUGACCCUUGGAUCGGCGUGCAGAAUCGCUUUAAUGAUAUGCACGCUUUCCAUCCUAGCUACAUGUUCAACGCCAACGAGGUCACAGACGAAUUCAACCUAUUGACCGACUUUCUGAGUACCAGCCUUUUCGAAGAGACGGGCAUGUACGCAACGGAGGAUCUCCAGGGGCAUUACAAUGAUCCCUCCUUCAUGAACUCGAUGGCUGUGUCGGCUCUGCCUGUACCAGGGAUUGAGCCCAUGAUCACUCAGGAACACGGCAACAAUGGACAAACGACAAACCACAAUAACGCCGCUCAAGCCGCAAUGAUUUCCAGGCCAUCAAGUGUCAAGCCCACCUCGGACAAGGCGCGAGAGAAGUAUUACAUGAUGGCUGCCGAUCCCACCGGCGCCGAACCGCCAGAAGAGCGCAUGAACAAGCUGCUCAAGGCCAAGUACGAUGCCGGCAUGCUGAGGCCAUUCAACUACGUCAAUGGUUAUGCACGGCUGAAUAAAUACAUGGAAAAGAAUAUGAAACAAUCAUCACGGCAUAAGAUACUUAUGCAAUUGGAUCAAUUCAGGCCCAAGUUUCGAGAGCGCAUGCAAAGCUUGACAGACAUCGAGCUUGUGCUAGUUGAGAUGUGGUUUGAAAGGAGUUUGAUGGAGUAUGACCGGAUCUUUGCCAGCAUGGCUAUACCAGCGUGCUGCUGGAGAAGAACCGGCGAGAUUUUUCGGGGCAAUAAAGAAAUGGCAGAGCUGAUACAGGUGCCCAUUGAAUCACUUCGUGAUGGUAAACUUGCAAUACACGAGAUCAUUGUCGAGGAUCAACUGGUCAGCUACUGGGAGAAGUUCUGCGCCAUCUGCUUCGACCAGCAACAGAAGGCAAUGCUGACUAGCUGUACGCUGCGGAGUCCUAAGGGAGGCUCAGACGCGGAUAUUCCAUGUUGCUUCUCAUUUACCAUCCGCAGAGACAACCACAAUAUACCAUCGUUGAUCGUGGGGAAUUUUCUGCCCAUGAACCCUAUGAAGCAGUGA